AUGGUGGAGGUGGAGGUAGCAGAGGUGAUGGUGGUAGAGGUGGUGAUGGUGGUGGUGAUGGUAGAGGUGGUGACAGUGGCGGUGGUGGUAGCAGAGGUGAUGGUGGUAGAGAUGGUGACAGUGGUGGUGGUGAUGGUGGAGGUGGUGACGGUGGAGGUGGUCACAGUGGUGGUGGUGCAGGAUGAGGUCACCUCCCCAGAAGCAGUGCCAGAGUCUGCGGAGAUUAGGGGCCUGGCGGUGACCCCAGCCCUGACCCCAGGCGGUAUGGCUGAGGAAGGGAACGAGACGCACUGUAAUUACAGUGAAAUUUGCCACUUUUGCCAGGGCAAGCGGCUCACAGAGCAUCACCGAGGUGUGGUCCUGCCCUUUACCACUGAUGCAGGCCUUCUUAAGAAGGAUGCCUCGCACUGCCUCCCAGGGGGCGUCUGCGGCUCUACCACACAGUCCUGGGUGGGCAGCGGUCGGCUCGAGAGGCAGGUGGACGGCUCCAGGCUCCCUGAGGCCAUCGGGCGUCAUGGCAACAUGAGCAGGAAGCGGCUGCCAUGGCAACUAGCAUCCAGGGAGGCCGGGACGGUGGGCGGUAAGGCUCUGGCGGACAGGCCGGAGCUCCUGCGUCACCGGGUGCCCCGAGUGCCUCCUCCCGCACCCAGCCUGGUGCCCAGAGGGCCCUCAGUAAGAGGGUGGCAGGUCGGGCCAGGCCAAAGCCUGGACCUGGGCUCAGGAAGGGGUCACAGGGAGGAGGUAUGGAGGGGCCAAAAAACCCUGGGACCCUGUGGCCACUCCCACCCCCAGUGCCCCCAACCCCCAGCUUCGAGCAGCCAUGGAGGAUGCCUGGACCCACCUUGCCAGGGCUUUGUAAGGUGGCCCUGCCUGGUGCCUCUCAGCUCCACCCACUCGAUGGAGUCAGCCAGGUCUUUCCCAGCCCCAGCGGGGGGGGGACCCAGGGUGGCUGGUGAGGUACCUGGGAGCUAUAUCCCAAGCGAAGAGGGAGAGAGGCAGCGGCAGAGGCCGAGAGACCCAGCAGGGCCGAGACAGGGUUGUGUAGACACCGGGCUGGGGUGGGGCUGGCCGCUGCACUUGGGCCGGGAGCAGGGGACAUCCAGGCAGGGGGCAGGGCCCAGCUCAGGGCCCAGACCCUGCCCGUGCCCACCCCUGCCGCCGGGGUCAGGUGCCCCGGCCUCGCCCAGGGCAGCCUCCUCCCAGCUCCAGAGCAUGCCUCUGGGGCCUGCAGAGCAGUCCUUUCUCCAGCUGGAGCAGGAGAACCAGAAUCUGAAAAGGCAGAACCAGGACCUUCGGGAGCAGCUUGGGGCCCUCCUGGGGCCAGGUCAGCAGUUCCUACCCCUGUGCCGGGAGCACUCCAGCUGCACGGCCCUGGCCUGGCCCCCUGAGCUGGCCAGCGCCCGGCCCCCAGAGAACAGGGCCCCUUUGCAGCUGCUGCAGCAGGAGCUAUGCCGGGGAGAAGAGUCUUUCGUGCAGCAGUCCCAGAACGAGCUGCAGCAGAUCCGACUGUCCUUUGAGAGGAAGAAGAUGGCCAUCACCGAGGUGUGGGAUGGCGUGGCCGAGGUGCAUAUGGCCCUGAACAACCAGGCCACCGGGCUCCUGAACCUCAAGAAGGACAUCCGGGGUGUGCUGGACCAGAUGGAGGACAUCCAGCUGGAGAUUAUGGGGGAGCAGGCCCAACGCCGCACCCAGGCCAGGAAGGAGCAGCAAAUGGCAUGCAUAAGGGGGCCGCAGCUACAGGACGUGGCGGUGGCCCCACAGGCCUCCAGCCAGCGGGCACUCCUUACUCCCGGAGCCCCGGGGGCCCCUGAGGCUGCUGCAGCCCCAGCCGCUCUCCAAACAGCCUGUCACUGCCAGGGAUGA